UCGAUGAAAUUCUGAUUCUCGUCCGUGUGCUUGUCUGGUUAGCUUUCGUUCUCUUCUCUCAGUAGAAAAAUUUGUAGAAAAUAUCACACACGCAAAAAAUAACAAAAAAAUGAAGAUAUUUUUGUUAAGAUAAUUUAAAGCUAGACACUGUGCGCGUAUAUUUUGUGGUUUCGCAUUUUCUAGACAACUGAUUUUGUGUAAUAAUAAACUCUACAGAAAACAAAACGGAUUGCAGAGGAGAACAACAAAAGUAAUAACAAAUUCGCAGCUCGUGUGUCCCAUGAGUGUGCGUGUGUGUGUGUGUGAGCAGCUGGCAAAAGAACAAGGAGAUAAACAAAUACCCCUCGGAUUGAAGCUGUGUUAUUGGCAUCUAGGGCAGCAGCGGAACUGAGGCGCAGCGGAGCCGCCCAAGUGCAGCCGUAGAAAGCGUUGGUGCGGGCACCAUGGACUCGCUCAAGUUACCAAAGGCCAAUAGUGCCACCAGUAGUGCCAGCGGCAGCAAUAGCAACCUAUCCGGUUCGACAUCCGCGUCCGCAUCCGCAGCCACAUCGCCCACAUCUUCGGGAAAUGCGGCAGGAGGCCUCCUCUCCGGUGCCCCAAAAUCGCCACCCGGCCUGAGCAGCAGCACCCCGAUCACGGUGCGAUUUAAUGCCAACGAGGAGUCCCUCGACGACAUCCUGCAGUCCUUCCACCACAGCAAGCACAGUCCCAGUGGCGGAGCGAGUGGCGGGGGAGACGCCUCGCCCACAUCGAAUCUCCUCGGGAUGAAGAACAACGGCCUGGGUCUCAACACCGGAAUGGUGGUGGGCGCCUGCGAUUCCCUCUCAAGCAGCCCAUCACAGCCACAGAUGCAAGGAUCCGCUUCCCUUUUCGGCAACGACGAAGUAACUCUGCGCAAUAAUUUCAUGCAAGGCGGAGGCUUCUUCAAUCGCAAAAGUUGCGGCGGCCUGCCGAAUCUCAAUCUCAACAAGUCGCCCCAGCAGCUCCAGCAACUGCAGCAGCAGCAGCAGCAGCAACACCAGCAGCAGCACCAGCAACUGCAGCAGCAACUGUCGCCGAAUCUGAGUGCCCUGCACCACCAUCACCAUCAGCAGCAGCUGAGGGAAGGCGGCGGAUCGCACAGUCCCUCAUCGCCUGGCGGAGGAGGUGGAGGAGGAGGAGGUGGCGGAGGAUCGCCGUACAACGGUUCGCAGGCGGGCUGCAGCAGCGGCGGCAUCUCGCCUAUUCCGCCCCAGAUGUCGGGUGUGUCGCCCAAGUACCGUCGCAGCAUAUCCUUCCCCAUCAAGGGAAAUUCCCCGACUGCCCUCUAUGGCAAUCCCCACUUGGAUGGCAUGGGCAGCGGGCACAUGAACAUACCCACUCUGUCGAUUGGAAACGGAGGUGGCGGAGGCGGUGGCGGAUCUGGUGGCAUGAUCUCGGCAGGAGCCAGCGGCGGCGGCGAUGCCCCCUAUAUGGGCAACAGCUAUGGCAACAUGAUGACGGCAAACGGGCAGAUGCAUCAUGGCGGCAUGGAUAACUCGCUGAGCGAUUACAUGCGCGGCAUGUCGCUGGGCGGCGGCAAUGGUGGCAACGGUGGCGACGGCAACAGCAUGGCCCUCAUGCAGGACAGGAUGCGCGUGAUGGGCGGACCCAAGCACCUCAGUGAAGCGGAUGCCAUGGCCAUUGCGGCGAGUGGAAACGAUCCCUCGGUCUACCUGAAUGCCCUCAAGAUGGGCUCGCCGUCGCGUCUCUCGCCGCACUCGCCGCAUUCACCGAUCCAAGGUGGAAAUGGCGGCAAUGUGGGCGACGGCACGGCACGCUUCUCCAGGAAGGUGUUCGUCGGUGGCCUGCCACCGGAUAUCGAUGAGGAUGAGAUCACCACUUCGUUCCGGCGCUUCGGUCCUCUGGUCGUCGAUUGGCCGCACAAGGCCGAGUCCAAGUCGUACUUCCCGCCCAAGGGCUAUGCCUUCCUGCUGUUCCAGGACGAGAGCAGUGUGCAGCAGCUGAUUGAUUCGUGCAUCACGGACGAGGACAAGUUGUAUCUGUGCGUCUCCUCGCCCACGAUCAAGGACAAGGCUGUGCAGAUUCGUCCCUGGCGCCUGGCCGACGCGGACUAUGUCCUGGAUGCCACCAUGUCGCUGGAUCCGCGCAAGACGGUCUUCGUGGGCGGCGUGCCCAGACCUCUGAAGGCCUUCGAACUGGCCAUGAUCAUGGAUAGGUUGUACGGUGGCGUGUGCUAUGCCGGAAUCGACACCGAUCCGGAGCUGAAGUAUCCGAAGGGCGCCGGGCGCGUGGCCUUCUCGAACCAGCAGAGCUACAUAGCGGCCAUCUCGGCUAGGUUUGUGCAGCUGCAGCACGGCGACAUCGACAAGCGGGUGGAGGUGAAGCCCUACGUCCUGGACGAUCAGAUGUGCGACGAGUGCGAGGGCCAGCGGUGUGGCGGCAAAUUCGCGCCGUUCUUCUGCGCCAACGUGACCUGUUUGCAGUACUACUGCGAGCACUGCUGGGCCGUCAUCCAUUCGCGGCCGGGACGCGAGUACCACAAGCCGCUGGUCAAGGAGGGCGCCGACCGACCGCGUGCUGUGCCCUUUCGCUGGUGUUAACGGCGGCGCUGGUAGGCCGCGCUGCACGACGAGAGACGCCAACAGAGGGAACAGCGACACCGUUGGCUGAACGCAGCGCUGGCAGUGCCCAGAAUCAUCACAGAAGCAUCAGGAUCGGGAACGGGAUCAGGAUCAGGAACGGCAACGGAAACGGAAAGAGGAACGGGAUCGGGAUCAGUGGAGGUGGUAGUAGAAGAAGCCGCCGCUGGCGAAGAGUCUAGUAAACCAAUUAUUAGAGACGACGACACACACACACACCACAUGGAUACACUCACACAAGCAAAAGACAAUUGCAAUACAUUUGGGGGGCUGAAAUUGAGGCGGGAAACCCCCCCCAAAAAAAACAAAAACAGCCGCCAGAGUCUAAAAGUCUAGAGGCGAGAAACACGAGAAUCGAAAGCCCUCAGAAAGCAACAUAGUUUUAGUCCUUAUUUAGAUUUGGCAAUCUAUUUAGUUUUAGGCAACAGGCCUAAACCUUUGUACAACCGAAAUCUUAGUUUUGUUUUCGUUUAAUGCCUGCACAGUAUUUUUUGUACUUUAUUUUUUAUAGCAAUUUUUUUUUCGUUCAUUUGAUUAGGGGGAAGUCCCAAAGAUGCCAUUUAAUCUCACAAAGACCACCAAAACAAAAGGUAGAAAAUAGAUGAUAAUAGUAACCAAGCAGGAAGAUUUACUUCCUCGUAGUCAGCCACAAUCCUCGCAAAAGGCUUAUGAAUCGUUCCCCCUUAUAAAUGAUAACCACUUUUUUUGUAACCUAGCUAACUUAGGAGCCAUCUUGUAUGCCAAUCGAGGCUAGUCCUAAAAUUAUUAGUGAGCUGCUCACCCUCUCUCGAAAGGCUUUUUGCUCGAGUGGACCUGGGCUGUCCUUAAGUUCCUAAAUUGUGAAAAAACAAAUUAAUCAAAAAAGCAUCGGUUUAUCCCUUUCCCUAAUUAGAUCAAUCUAUAAAAUUUAUACAAAAGACUUUUGAAAAGACAAUAUGCAGAAUGUCAGACAUUUUUAUGCGAGCUAUUUCUUACGCCACAUUUGGUGUCUCGGUGAGAAAUCGGUAAACCAUAUCAUAUCUAUAAACAACUCUAAAUGUUGCUAUUGCUAUUGAACUUUAUAAUCCCACUCUUUUUUUUUGUGAAUACGCGCUACUUGUUAACUAAUCGGAAGCAUCAUAUAUAUUAUCUGCCCUAUAUAUUGGAUUGUUUGCCAAACACGUCACUCUUUCUUGCUAAAACAAAUACUUAAUUUUGGGCAUGUGAAAAUCGUACGAGGCUUAUACAAAACUAAACACUGGAUAUAGACAUAUAAACCAUUUUAACUCCUUAUUAGUCCUUGACAGAAGGUGGCUUCCACUACGAUUUUCACAUGCCCCUGUUCAUGUUAUGCUGAAUAUGAAUGAUAGUUACUUAAAGCGAAAAAUGAAUGUCCUACCACACUAAUCAAUUAGUUUAAGGCCCACACUCUGCGAAAGGUUAUUUCUUUCCUUAUACGGACGGCUCAUUUUUAAUUUUAAUCUAGUCGACUCUCACACGUACGUACACAAACCACACACACACUCACACACACUCACACAUUUACACUGGAAGUUUGUUUGCAUUUGUUGCCGUUCGGCAUUGCAUAAAAUAAAAAAGAAUAUAUUAAUAAUCGAAACCUAGAGAAACAGUCAAAUUGCUUGUGUUCAGUAUUAUGAUUUUUUAAAUAGUUUUCACUUCAAAAGUGUUAAAUGUUUGGCCUUAUUUAUUUAUCAAUUGUCUUUCGUUAUUUAAUUUACGGCGUGUUGCUGACUAAGGGACAGAGGGCUUAUCUGCCGAAGAUGAAGAAGAAAGUAUACAUUAAUGCAAAAAAAUAUAUAUAUAUCUGUAAUGUAAAAAAAAACAAUUUUUAUAUACGACAUACAUAUAUUAACACUAUGAAUACUUGUAUUAGACAACUUUUUAUAUAGAAACUUUUUGUAUAAACUUUUUUUAUUACUCUUAUGAUUAUUCAGAAGUUAGUUUAGUCCAAAUAACUGAAGAAAAAUCGAAAAACCAAAAAACGCGAUGAUUAAUAGACAUGCUAAAAACAUCUAAAGGAAAUUUAAAUAUUUACAACAUAUGUGCAAUACUAUUUCGUAAACGAUUCAAGCGUAUUAUUAAAUACCAAAUAUAUAAACUAUAAAAAGAUAUGUAUUUGUACAAACAUAAAGUAUACAAGAUAAUUGCAAUCGUAUAACCAAAGUAGUCAAAUAUUACUGAUUCCCAAAAUGAUUCUCCAACUUUCAACUAAUUGGCAUGCAUUUUUUGCCAUGCGAACGGGGCUUAAAGUUCGCUAAUGGUUCUCUCCCCUGAAUCCUAUUAAAAUCAAAUGGAAUAUCUAGACUUACGGCAAUACUAACGAAAAAUUAUCAAAAUGUAAAACGAGCAAAAUAUUUUGUAAAUUGUACGAGUUAAGGGGACGUGACAAAAUUUGCUACGGUGCAUGCAAACAAUACGAUAUUUUUUCUAUACUACCAACAAAAGUACUAAAGAUCUAAUUCAAAUUGAUAAACCUAAAAAAUGUGAAAGGCCAUGUUGCUUUGGACUUCUAUAAUAUAUUAUUAAUCGAUAGUCAAAUCUAUUAGCAAAUUUUUGCUCGCGCUUUCUUUACAAGACAACCAAACAAAAAAAAGCAAAACGAAAUUCAAGUCAUGCUAAGUUGUAACUCAAGUUGAUCGCGUGGCACUUUCAAAAAAUACAAGUUUAUAGCAAUUUUUCUAGAAUUUUUAUAUUACAAUGAACUAAAGAAUAUGUAUCAUAUAUAUACUACAUAUAUAUUUUUUAAACUGCAAACAAAUUAAUUAAUUAGUGGACUCGAGACGUUUGUUUGUUUUCGUUAAAAUUUUUUUAUUUUCAAAUAUUAACUGAAGAAACGUGUAUUAAAAGCGAAAGAAUCUACACAAAACGAAAACCAACAAGCCCAAUUAAAUAUUAUAUCAAAUAAAGCAGCCUGCUCUAUGUAGUGUUAAACAAUUUGUGCAAAUAUGUAAGCAAACGCGUUGUUCUAAAACUUUCAAAGUAAUUAAAUGCUAGUCUUUAAAAAGGCAAAAUCUGUUACAAAGCCAACACGAAACGGAAACGGUAAUCGGUGAGCGGUAAACGGUAAACGGCAAUCGGUCAAAGGCUAUCGAUAACUGUGCGUAAUGAUGGUGUUUUUUAAAUGUAGUAAAAUUUAAUAUUUUAUAGAUUUUUAUACUUUUAUAUAACAUAUACUUUAUACUUUACCUGUUUAACGAAAACUUGAUGAAAAUGUUAAAAAAAAAACUUUAAAUGUGCUGUAAAAGAAGUAACUUAUCAAACAAAUAUUUUACUAUACCAAAAAAAGUUGAUAGAGAUAUAAACUCUUUACGGCAAACCGCUCAAUGUUUUUGCUGCUAAUGGCGUAGGAAUCUGGAAUCUUGUGUAGCGUGCUAUAUAAUAUUUAUAUCAAUAAGCAAUCCGUUUUGUUUUCUAAUCUGUUUUAUUUUGUUUCCCUGAGUAUUCCAAUAAGCAACAACAAUUUAGCAAAGACAUUUAAUUUAUCCCCUUCAUCUGAGCUUGAAUUACGGAUAGAAGUCGGUAAAUUUUAGUUUUAUAGAAGAUAUUGUUAUAGAUAAAUGUUUAUGUUGAUUUUUAUAUGGAUCCUGUUGUUAUACCGAUUAUGACAAUGAAAAUUUGUACGCCUAAUUCUUAAAUAUAUUUUUGUAUCUUUUGUAGUUGCUAGUAGUUUCCUGGUAGUUUUAAAAAAACCAA